AUGGCGGUCACCUCCCUUCUCUCCGAUUCCUCAGUGGAAUCGGUGAAGCAGGCCGUUCGCUCCACGUCAACAUGUUCGAAUGCCACCGUCAUCUCCCUCCAGACCCUUUUCCGCGGACUAUCGAAGACGUCACCGGAGUCUGAUAAAACCACAGUAAAGAGGGGAACUAGGACGACAAAAACGACAGCGACUUCCACUCGGCCGAAGUCGUCGCGAGGGACGAAGGUCUCCGCACAAGAAGCGGCCAUCAACACAGUCGUGGAAAUGGAUGCUGCGCGUCUGUCAUUUCAAGAGAAGCUCGUCCUCGCCACGGACGUUUUUAACACUACCCUCAAAACCCUCUCGGAUGCAUCGAAACUAUCUGCUAAACGCGACGACGCUUGGGCUCGAACAGCGUGUAGCUCCCCAUCGCCGAGUCGUGGCGCGAAAUCACCCAGAAAGUUGAAGACGUCACCGGAAGAUGAGCUGGAUAGUGGGCUGGUUGCUGUAGCAGAAUGUGCAAGCAUGGCUCUGUCUUCUCUAAGGAGCUUAAAAGGGGAGCAUUCUGGCCAGCAGGAUGGAUUCCCGAACAUGCAGAUGGAGCAAGGUGCAUGCGUCUUGGCGGGGAGGUAUCUGUCAUUAGGCCUGAAUGAAAUGGCUUCUAAAGAACUGAGAGGACUUAAGAGAAGGCUACAACAACAUCUGGACAGCCAGGCUACAAUGCGAUCAAAAACUACGAGCAGGAGGAAAAAUGAGGCUCAGGAGGAGGAAACCACCAAAGAACGGAUGUCUGACUUGCUUACGUUUGCCAAUUUUGACCACGCCGGCCCGGUGCUAAGCAUACUUGUUCCCUUUCAAUCUAAUGCGCUACGGCUGAUAGCAUCGGAAAAGAAACUUGCAACCGUCCAGAAAGUUGCGUCCUCACUGCAGUUGUCCGAAUUGAGCAGCCCAGCGAAUGUCAUCGUGGCGGCCACGGAAUCGGGUGCUCUCACGAAAGACAAAGCAGCACUUCAACUCCAACUGCUUUCCAAUACUGUAUUAUCCCUAGCUGGAGUCCAGCAGCCACCGAAUCACAACACAACACGCGAUCGUCUAAAGCCAUCGGCCUCGUUGUCCCUUCAGUUACUGUCCUUGGAGAUCCGAUGCAUGAGCUGGAUGCUGUCUGGUCAUACCUGUGAUGAAGGCAAGGAGAUGUGGGACCCAUUGACGCGAUACCUCGCCAACUACUCUAAUCACAGCAAAACUAUCGAGAGAGCCGAGUUUGCGUCCAUCUAUAAAACAAUCGUUCGACUUCAGACCGCCGUUGCUAACACCCAAAAGCGCACCACGGCCAGUCUGAGGGAUAAUGUCUCGGUCGCCCGAAUUGCCACUAUAUUAGGUCAGCUUGCUCAAGAGGCUGGAUGCUUUGACGAAGCUCUGAAGCUUUUUACCGAAGCCGUCAACCCACUCUCUAGCGGACAAUGCCUUUUACUCGCCACUGUUCGUUGCAAAAUUGCAUCCUUACACCUUCAAGCUAGCAAAUCUUCCAAACCGUCACUCGACAAGGUUACGAAUGUUGUAUCUGAUGCGACCUCCUCAUUGAGCAUGCCGUUGAAAGGAAGUCUCAGUGACCUCGACGAGCUGCUGGUUGAAGCAGCAAAACUCAAAAAGUUUACCAUGAGCGCCUAUGGAGACUUGGUUACCAAGGCAGGGGAGAAGAAUGGUAUUGACCUUUCCAAAAUCUACGAAUAUCUCCCUGCUUUCUUGCGGUUUCUGCGUCGCUAUGUUAGUAGGCCAUCUUCAUCCGAUAAAGAGUCAAAGGAGGAUGACUUGUUCCUUACGCGGGUUCGCGCGUGCAGAAACAUCGUCCUCUCGGCAGUGGAUUCAGCGCUCGCUGUUGGUAAAUUCUCAAUCAUGUCACAACGGCCUCCCUGGGAAGACGUGCUUUCCGCAUUGACAGACUGCCAGCGUCUUUUGACGGCUAUUGACAUCGUGGAUGAAGAAGCUGAUCCGUCAGUACUCGACCAAAUUGGUGCGGCAUUCGUUCGGCUGUCAAAUCUGUUUUGGUCACGUUAUCUGAAGGAGAAAGAGCGUGGGAAGGGGUAUCGUGAGCUGGUGCCUCUUGUGAAGCACUCUGCGAAUCUUUUGUCCAGUUGCUCACCAGAACAACGAAUCACGGGGUUCGCGGCUUUGAAGUAUGAACGCCUUGCGUAUCUUUACAUGGAAGGGAACAGGGGCGCAGAAGCCGAGCAGGCCUUUUCCCAGGCCAUCCAAGAGCAUAUCGACACAGGAGUGUUGGACGGCUUGAUUUCCAGUCCCAAUUUUCCUCACCGAACUUCCCAGGACCCCAAAAGCAACGGGUUCAUGCUUGGUCGAGUCCUUACUGCAUACCUGAAGUUGCAACUGAGGUUGCGUGGUAAGUCAAAGUCUACCGGGUUCUUUGAUGAUGAGUCGCAAUCGCUGCUGGUAAGAGGUCAUAUCAUGGAAUGGCAAAUGGGCAUCCUGGCAGAGCUACAUUCACAUGCUUCCAGCGAUGAAGCCUUUCGAUCACACUUUACCUGCCUUGUGUCUAAGCUGCUUGGGCUAUACGAUCCGGAGGUUUACCCCAUUCGUCGCUUACGAGUAGUCUUGGGCGGGCUGCGUUCGUCCCUGGAACGCCCGAACUGUUUGGAGUCGAAAGUGUUACACGAUUUACUCGAGGAAGGUCUGGAGGUUAUGGAGGCUGGGGACUUCGCUGAGGAUGGUACUUUAGCGACGUUAGCGACUCAUUUGCAUAAUUCUGUGCGUCUGAGUGUUGGCCUUCUGCAGGGGGAUUUACAACCUGAAACUCUCAACCUCAUGAUAUCGUUGUGGACCUCUUUGAUGCGCAACUGCAACGACGGAGCUUCCCUGGUUCGAUACGUCGGUGAUGUUGAUUACUACCUCCUCCAGCUGAAGGCCGUAGUCGAUUACACCGAGAUCCAUGGGCUUUGGAAGCUCCAGCUUUCAACGCUUGAACUGGUCCUACGUGUCACAGAGCUUCAAGAAGGCGGUGACUUUUCUGAAGUUAUAAUCGUAAUCGCGCGUCUGGUACAGCAGUACUGUCGACUUGGAUACUGCAAAAAGGCCGGCGAUCUUCUCACUCGCGCAGAGCAGUACCUUGGCCCUAACGUAUCUUGCCUGGCCACCCUAUCACACAAACUGGCACGGGUAGCCUACCUUAUCGAAACGGGCGAGACUGAGAAGGCGGCGGCCAACCUAUCAGCAGCUAGAAGACUCUACGAGUCAAACCAGAAGAAGCAGGAUGGGAGCAGCUGCUCUGUUCUGGCCAAGAUUGCCUGGGAAAGAUUGGUCGCGGAUGCAGCCUUUAUGAGCUCGCAGCUCUCCUUCGCCCAGGGAGUUAUCAAGGACGCUCUCUUUUUUGCUAAGCUAUCUGUCCGGUUGAACUGCCGGAUCUGGUCUAAGGUUGAGAAAAUCUCGCAGAAGAAACAGGAAAAGAGUUUGCCUGUGCCCAUUAUUGCCGUUGGGGAUAGCUCCGAGCUUGACAACGUUGUUGAAACUAUGGCCAAGCUUGAUGUAUCGCAGGCGAACCAUACAACGACUUCUGUCUAUACACAGGGAGCCCCUUUUUGGCCGCACAUCGGCUCGCAUCACACCUCUCUAUUGAACCUUGCAAGUCUAUCUGCACACCACGGCCUGUUCCAGGAUGCCAUCUACUACGGCGAGCAGGCGUUGAAGAUCAAUAAGACGCUGAACGCACCUGUUCGUUUGAUUAAUUCUCAGGCGCAACUUGGGUCACACUGGAUUCUUGGAGGGCAUAUCUCUGAAGGCCAAGAGCUCCUCACAGCUGCCGAGACAUUGUCGAAGCAGCUAGAGAGUAGCGUUGAACUCGCAUCUCUGCAGAUGGGUCUUGCCUCUCUUUAUAGAGCGCAGGGUCACUACCGUGACGAGCUCCAGGCCCUUCUGGAGGCAGACCGGAUCAUGGCUGAUUUUGGAAGUCUGGAUGUCUCUGAUGCAGCUUCAGUUUCUUCGGGUGUCCCGGAACUAGAAGACAAGAUGGAGAGUCUUCGAAUCCGACCGACUAGUAGAAGGACGAAGCAGCCCGCCGCGACCACUCGGCGGACCCGUGCCACUACCUCAACUAGAAAACCCACCAAGGCAGAUGCCCCCCCUUCGAAAGCUGCCCACACCGUGACUGAAUCACAGUCCCUGCUGCAGAUCAGAAGCGACAUUCUGCGGCAACAGGCCGCUUGCUGCCGCUCCUUACGAGAUUUUGAGAAGGCCUCAUGCCUACUUGACACGCCCGGAAAUAUGCAGUCUCCAGGGACAGCUAUUCGCAACUUUGCUUCUCAUGCUGUAUACUGUGUUCUCCCCGAGUCGACAAUUUCGCUGCCUUCCCUGCAAUCACCAAUUAAGAAUACGGGCACAUCCAAGGCUGCCACCAAAACUACGGCCCGAAAGCCUCGAGCACCUGCCAGAGGGACACGGUCCCGAGCGCAAACAGCAAGCGAAGACUUCGCUGUGAUGCUUUCCAAGGCUGGCGAUUGUCUCAACAAUGUCUUUACUACUGCUACCACCGUGGGCUCCACGUUGGAUAGUCACUCCGCGUCACGCCUGAUGAGUCGUAUCUCCAUGUUGUCUCAUGUUACGGCAGCCGAGAGCAUAUCCGCCUGGUCGCAACCUCCAGCCAAUGUUAAUGAACUUGGCCGUAUCGGUGCUUUUACGCGCGAGCAUACUGCCAUUGAUCUUGACAAGCAGCUGGCGGAAUAUAACGACCCACUUCUUUGGCCUACGCCUUCCGCAAUGACGGCGGACCCCGAGGAUCUGUGUAGCUCGAGAUUUGCAGAAGAGUACAUUGAGAUUCUGCCCGACAAUUGGAAUGUCCUUUCUUUAUCGUUGAGCGCAGACCGUAGUGAGUUCAUCGUCUCACGACUGCACCAAGGUCGUUCGCCCUUCCUUUUGCGGCUUCCGUUGAAGAGAGGCAACUCCGAGGAGGAUGAGGAGGAGCAGUUUACUUUCGACGACGGACGGGAGGAAAUGCAAGAACUGAUCAAACUGGCUAACGAAAGUUCCCACGCUGCCAAAGCUCAAACGGAUCGGCAAAUGAAGAAGGACUGGUGGAGAAACCGUGAGGCUCUAGAUCGCCGGAUGGAGACUCUGCUGCAAAACGUUGAGAAUGUAUGGUUCGGGGGAUUCCGAGGGAUCUUCUCACCCCUGCCUCAUGAUACUACCUCUUUAGCGCGAUUCGCGUCUUCAUUCCAGACCAUCUUAGACAAACAUCUUCCCUCUCGCCAGAAGGGUGGUCGGGCGGAGGGGCCGCGCCUGACGCUGCACCCGAAUGUGUUGGAACUGUUCAUCGGUGUUGCGGACCUGGACGACCAAGAAGAUCCGGAAGAGACGUUGAUGGACCUUCUAUACUUCGUGGUGGAUAUCCUACAGUUCCAGGGCGAGCGCAAUGCCUAUGAUGAGAUCGAUUUCGAUAUGAUGGUGGUUGAAACCCUCGACGCAGUUCGGGCCUACCAUGACGCCGCCAGCAACCGCCGGGGCAAACCCAUCCCCAACCAUACCGUCUUGGUACUCGAUAAAUCCCUGCACCUAUUCCCGUGGGAAUCUCUCCCAUGCCUACAAGGGUUCCCCGUGUGCCGGGUGCCGUCCUUGGAAUGUCUACGUGAUCGAGUUGUGCAGUUUCAGGACAAGCGUAACUCUGACCUUAGUCGGGGAGUGGGCAUUAAUCGCAAUAGUGGCACCUAUAUUCUCAACCCUACUGGCGACCUUCGCACGACACAGAGCACGUUUGAGAAGGAUCUGUCUGCGCUGCAGGGUUGGACUGGUAUUAUGGAGCGCGAGCCGAGCGAAGACGAGUUUAAGCGCGGCCUGGAGACGACGAAUCUCUUCCUGUAUUUUGGACACGGUAGUGGUGCGCAAUAUAUCCGGGGGCGGACGGUCAAGCGCCUGGAGCAAUGUGCCGUUUCGUUCCUGAUGGGAUGCAGCAGUGGUACGUUGACGGAGGCAGGCGAGUACGAGCCUUACGGCACGCCGAUGAACUAUCUUCACGCUGGCAGCCCCGCGCUUGUUGCGACCCUUUGGGACGUUACCGAUAAGGAUAUCGAUCGGUUUGCGCAGUCUACGUUUGAGAAAUGGGGCUUGUUCGAUUCCGGAUCGGACGGGGCGACGUUGGAUGAAGCCGUGUCGCAGUCGCGACCGGCCCUCUCAAUCACCGAAAACCACAUCAUGUCCGUCACAACACAAGCAACCAUCGCCUCCUUCGGCGGAAAGCUCCUCAAGCUCAGCCAUGCCGCCACCUCCACCCGUUGCGAAAUGUCCUUCAACCUCUACCUGCCACCCCAGGCCAUCCAGAACCCCUCGCAGAAAGUCCCCGUCCUCAUCUACCUGUCCGGUCUGACCUGCACGGCCAACAAUUGCUCCGAGAAGGGCUUCUUCCAGCACGGCGCCAGCAAGAAGGGUAUCGCUGUGCUCUACCCUGACACCAGCCCGAGGGGAUUGAACAUUCAGGGCGAGGACGACUCCUGGGACUUCGGCACCGGUGCCGGAUUCUACGUUGAUGCCACCAAGGCGCCCUACCAGGGUGGUUACAAUAUGUACACCUACGUGACGGAGGAGCUGCCCAAGACCGUCUUUGCCGCGUUCCCUCAGCUGGAUGAGAGCCGUGUCAGUAUCACCGGUCACAGCAUGGGUGGCCAUGGUGCUCUGACCCUGUUCCUCCGCAACCCGGGCAAGUAUAAGUCCGUCUCCGCCUUUGCGCCCAUCUCCAACCCCAUCAACUGCCCGUGGGGCCAGAAGGCCUUCGGUGGCUACUUCGGCGAGGACCAGCAGGAGAAGUGGAAGGAGCACGACGCGACGGAGCUCGUGAAGAAGUGGAAGGGGCCGUUGGAUGUGCUCAUUGACGUGGGUACCGGGGACAACUUCUACAAGCAGGGCCAGCUUCUGCCCGAGAACUUUGAGAAGGCCGCCAAGGAGGCCGGCGUCGAGGGCCUCAAGGUCCGCUACCAGCCUGACUACGACCACAGCUACUACACGAUGGCGACGUUCGCGGAUGACCAUGUAGAGCAUGCGGCCAAGUACUUGUUUGCAUAG